AUGAACCCCACUCUGGCAGAUUUACGAAAAGGCGAAUUCAGUGGGUGGGACUUGGAGAGACAAUACCUAUCCAGACAUUGGUACAGUCUCUCCACCGAUCUCAAUCCCAACUGGGAACGGCGGUACGCGAGCCAGCAGGAGCUGCGGUCUUAUUGGGAAAAUCUUUGGCAUAAGUACAAUCUGCCAUCGUACACCCGUCUCGGUACCUCGGUUCUCUUCUCCGAAUGGGACGAGAAGAACCAACGAUGGGUAAUCACCAUUCAAGAAGAAGCGAACGACGGUAAAAGGGAGACAAUCGAAGCAGAGCUGUUGUUCUUCGCUGUUGGUGCAUUCACGGCACCGAAGUAUCCGAAGGAUGUGCGAGGGAUGGACAAGUUCAAAGGGGAGUGGUGGCAUUCUUCCCAGUGGAGGCAUGAUGUUUCGCUGUCUGGAAAGAAAGUUGGAGUCAUUGGAAAUGGAUGCUCUGCAGCCCAGUUUGUCCCCGAGAUAUCGACAGACCCAACGGUUGAGGUCAUUAAUUUCGUCAGAACGCCGCAAUGGUAUAUAGCCAAGGACGACUUUGCAUAUCCGGGAUGGCUCAAAUGGAUCUUUGCAAACGUACCCCUUGUGAUGAGAUGGUAUCGUAAUUGGCUCAUGUUUCGCGCGGAUGUGGUUUUUGUUAUCUUUAAUAAGCAGAAUAAGCGCCUCGUGUCUUACACCAGGAAGGUGAUGGAGCAAUACAUCAGAAAAACGGCGCCUAAGGAAUAUGCAGAUAAGCUGAUUCCCUCGUACAUGCCUGGGUGUCGCCGCAUUAUUAUUGACCCCGACUACCUUUCCUGCCUGCAUCGACCCAAUGUGACGCUGAGAUGGGACGCGGUAGAAUCACUGAUAGAGGAAGGGAUUAAACUGAAGUCGGACGAAGUUGUUCCCUUAGACAUUGUCAUUUUUGGAACAGGGUACUCAGUGGAACCCAUCAGCCUAAACGUGCGGGGAAGGGGUGGCAAACACAUCUCGGAGUACUUCAACAGCAAGCAAGGCCCGACGGCAUACCUCGGGUCGUGUUAUCCUGGCUUCCCCAACAUGUUCACCUUCCUGGGACCUAACGUCUCGGGCGGACAUUAUUCAGUGAUAUUCUGCGAGGAAGUGCAGAUCAACCACUCGCUCCAACUGAUCAAACCGGUGCUGGAAGGCAAGAUCAAGUCUGUGGAAGUUACAGACGAAGCCACGGACUCGUACAACGAUUGGCUCCAAGAACGUCUAUCGAAAUCGGUGUGGACGGACUGCGAUUCGUACUACUAUCAUUAUCUUCGUGAAGGGACCAAGACGAAGAACGUUGCUUCUUUCCCUGGCCCGGCAACAUUGUUUUGGUGGUUAGGCCGCCGUCCGUCCUGGGAGAAGUUUCGGGUAGUUGGCGGUGAGCGGCCGCAGCAGGGCAUAGGAAAGUACAUUGUUCAUUACAGCUCAGCGUUGGUAGUAUUAGUGUUAGCGUAUGUUGCAUACAGGCAUUAA